CCUCGAAGCAAUACCGACAGCUGCAGCGAUCUCAAAUGGGCAAGAAGCGGACCCAUGACGAGACACGAGAUGGCUUCACGAAGCCGUCGCCGGCCAAGAGCCGGAUAGCCAAACCGCACGACAGGAAGGAAAAAGACGCGCGCAAGAACGGCGAAGGGAAACCAAAAGCCGCGCUGUUGUUCAAACCGCAGCCAGAAUGGCAUACGGUCGAACUCCCAGCUCUUCCUUCAGUCGAGAACCCGACCGUACCGCCGCGUCAUGUCAUCGACGAGCUACACCAGUAUGCCGACGAGCUUCUCGAGGCUGAGGCGACCGAGUAUACGACGUCGCAUCUUUCCAAGGAUUCCUCGCACAAAUUCAUGUCGACCAUUAUGGCCUCAGGAACCAUGGAGGAUAAGGUGUCGGCUCUGACACUGCUGGUCCAAGAAUCGCCACUUCACACUACCAAAGCAUUCGAACAGCUUAUUGGUCUGUCGCGCAAGAAGAGCAGAAACGCUGCGAUGAUGGCUCUGGCCGCGUUGAAGGAUCUUAUGGGCCAGGGUGUGGUGCUUCCACCAGACCGAAAGCUCAAGGCUUUCGCGAGACAACCAAGUCUGAUCUGUGCCCUUCAAGGCAAAUCCGCUAGCUGGAAGUACGGCGAAAAGUUGCCUGGCCAAAUCCAAAAGGUGCACCUCAUCGCCUGGGCUUACGAGGACUGGUUGAAGAAGCAAUACUUUGAGAUGCUCAAAAUCAUAGAGACGUGGUCCAACGACGAAGUAGAGUACUCGCGCAAUCGCGCCGUCACUUUUGUUUGGGAGCUACUCAAGGAGAAACCAGAGCAAGAAGAGAACCUUUUGCGUCUGCUGAUCAACAAGCUUGGAGACAAGGAAAAGAAGGUCGCAUCGCGCGCAUCCUAUCUCUUGUUACAACUCCAGAUCACCCACCCACUGAUGAAGAGCGUCAUUAUCAAUUCCAUCGAGUCCGAUCUUCUGUUCCGGCCAAACCAGGCAGCUCACGCCAAGUACUAUGCAAUCAUCACUAUGAAUCAGACCGUUCUGAGCACUCGCGAACAAGAGGUGGCCAACAAGCUUUUGGAAAUCUAUUUCAGCUUGUUUGUUGGGCUCCUCAAGAAGCACCGAGAGGAAGAGAAGGAAGAAGAGAAGGAGGCCAGAAGAGUUAACAAGUACGGUCACGUUCAAGGUGGUGGCAGCAAACCCGGAAAGAUGGCCAAGAAGAAGGCAGAAAAGGCAGCAACGCAGGUUCACAAGUCUCAGGAAGAAAGCCGCGAGAAGCUGAUUUCGUCAAUCCUCACUGGUGUCAACCGAGCAUUCCCCUUCGCGAAGACGGACGAUGAUAAAUUUGAGGCGCAACUCAACACCAUCUUUGAAGUCACGCAUUCGUCCAACUUCAACACCAGCAUCCAAGCCAUGUCCCUCAUUCAACAAAUCUCCACCACCAAACACUACUCUACCGACCGCUUUUACCGCACCCUUUACGAAUCUCUUUUGGAUCCUCGUCUUAUCGUCACAUCUAAGCACAUUAUGUACUUGAACCUCCUCUACCGAUCGCUAAAGGCAGACACCAGCAUCAAACGUGUCCAAGCGUUUGUGAAACGUCUCCUUCAGAUUAUACAUCUGCACGAACCUCCAUUCAUAUGUGGUGUGUUGUAUCUCAUCAACGAGUUGAUCAUCACCUUUCCCAGCAUCAAAUCCAUGUUGUCGACCCCCGAGGACAACGAUUCAGAUAGCGAGGAAGAGCACUAUGAGGAUGUUCCGGAGGAAGGCGGAGUACCAGUGAAGGAGAAGGCAGGGUCGAAGAAGACUCAAUAUGAUUCGCGCAAACGCGACCCUGCCCAUGCCGACGCUGAUCUGUCUUGCUUAUGGGAGCUCUUACCUCUCCAGGCGCACUACCAUCCCUCGGUACAUGUGCUAGCAUCCAAAAUCAUCGAGCAACAACCCAUCAAGGAGAAACCUGACCCGACAAUCUACACCCUCAUGAACUUCCUCGACAAAUUCUCUUUCCGAAAUGCAAAGACGAAGACACAGGCUGUGCACGGCUCGUCCAUUAUGCAGCCCAUGGCUGGCACCACAAAGGCGGCUGAUUAUCUCAUCUCUGCACGCGACGGCGAUAAGACGCACGAUCCUCUAAACUCAGAAGCGUUUUGGCGCAAGAAGGUCGACGAUGUCCGCGUUGAUGAAGCCUUCUUCCAUACCUAUUUCGAGAAGGCUGGUAAGGCGAAACAAGCUGGCAGGAAGGACAAGAAGCAGAAUAAGAAGCAGGGUGGUGACUCGGAGGAGUCUGAUGAAGACGAGAUCUGGAAGGCUCUUGUCAAGAGCAGACCAGAUAUUGAAGACGGUGGCGACGUCGAUGAUGAGGGUUUCAGCGACCUUGACAUGGACGACAUGAGCGAUGACGACGAAGAAGGCCCCACCAUGGACGAAGGCGUCGAAAUCAAUCUGGGCAGCGAUGAUGACGACGCUGCUGAUGGAACUACCCUGGGUGGUGAAGAAGAUGAGGACGACGGCAUGGACUUUGAUUUGGAUGAUGAGGAGGCCUUUGUUGACAGCGACGACGACGUCCCCGUUGACCUCGACAUGGACGACGAUACUGAUGUUGACGAGGUGCCGCCUUCCAAAUCCAAGAAGUCAAAGGAGGAUGACAAACGCAACAAGAAGAGGAAGCUCAAGCACCUCCCUACCUUCGCGUCAAUGGAAGAUUAUGCCAAAUUGAUUGGCGAUGAUAGCGAGUAGUGACUUGAGUGCACUGGUUCGGUUAGCUGCUAGCCAUGUUCAACGUCAGCAAAAGUGGGAGAAGCCGGGAUAAGAAAUGAGAUGAGGGACAGGCUGCAGUCGAACAAGUGGCAGCGCGAGUUUGCUCCCGAUACAGCUGUGCAUGUAUACAUACAACACCGAUCCUCCUUCGUAUAGAUAUCCCCUACCUUUUUGUAAUCAUUUAACCCAAUGCUUUUCUGGUCUUUUUCGGUUGGGUGGUGUACAGAAUCUGUUUAAGUGUUAUAGACGGUGGUAAUAUCGCUUGUACUGUCAUUUGUCACCAUAUCCUAUCCUUGUUUCUUCUAUGGGCUACAUUCAUCUUCUGUCUUUCUCUCGAGGUCACUCCCCUUAUCCCUAGUCGGUUGUCAGGAGAAACAAUCAAGAAAUAGAGCUAUAUCACAUUCAAAUAAGCUUGUGUUUUCAAGU